AUGUCGUUUCACAAUUGGUUAAUACUCAGUCUAAUGUUAUCACAAUCCAUUGCUUUUCAGUGCUCAGAAGGUUGUUCAGACUGUGUAGCAGACUUUUCUUGUAAAAAUAAUUGUUCUGAGAAUUAUGACCAAGAUAACUCAUGCUUGCACUGUUCGAUGAUAGACACUGUAAACAUAUCAAAGCCUGUUUUUAUCAACAGUAACUUCACAUGUUUCAGGUCCACAAAUAGAAUUAAUAAAACGUCUUGGUUACCCGAAGAAGAUGAUAUCGUUGAAUUGUUUUUAAAUGAGACAGUUGAUUUUACUUUAAAUGAAAGUAGUGAUGUAGAUUAUUCUUUCUGUUACAAUAAACAGAAGUACCGUAUUGGGAAGUGGUUCAAGUUUGAAAUGAACGAAUCAAUUGUUGAACAGCUCAUACUUUCAGUGUUCAAAAAAACAACUUGUAAUCAAAAUUUAAUCAUUGAUGUUACAAAUUUCCAAAGAAGUUCUCCAAAAGCAAAUUGCUUGGCAUAUAUUUCAUUGAAUUCUACUUACAACGGAAGAGCAAUUAGAAUUCCUUUUAUGCCUCCACCAAAUGUUGAAAAAGACAAAAAGUUUUUCUAUUAUAUGUUUGUCUCUAUUUCAGAAUUAUGUGAUGUGGAUUUGAAUAUUACGGUGAAUGCUGGAGUUGGAAAAGACGCCAAACCUUUUUUUAACAUCAACCAGACAAUUGUAGACCGACUUCAUGAGAAUUUGGGCUCUGUUUUUGAAUUAUGGUUUCCAUUUGAAGCAGAAGGAUAUUUUGCAAAACCAAUAUGUUUCCCUGAAAGAAUGUACAAAUGUGUUUUGUUUACAUUAGAAUACAAUGGGAACUACUCUUUGCUGAUUGAUGGGACAAAAUCAAACAGAAUCAAUAUGCUUCAACAACAUAAAAUAAAUGAAAACCAAGAUGGUUCACAAACAAAUCAAUGUAUUAAUUUCUGGAUAGGACAGCGUUAUGGCGCAUUAGCGGAGAGCCAAAAUGGCGGAGUUAUCAUUAAAACUGAUGGAAGUCCAGAAAAAAGGGAAUAUGCUAUGAUCGCGACAGACCAAAGCAUUUCUAUUGAAUUGCGAUUUUCUGUGAUAUGUCCAGACCACUGUGGUGAAAACGACCCGAAUGGAGCAAGAGGAAGAUGUUUUGUCGGUGGAAAAACAUGUAUAUGUAACCCAGGGUAUGGAGGAGACGACUGUCAUAAAUUAUGUUUUUACAACAAAAAAUGGCAAACAGAUAACACUGAUUUGUGUUAUUUUGGAGCACCUGGAUGUGACCAAUAUUGUCAUUGUACGGAAGGGAGAUCACUUGUAAACCACUUUUGUAUAACAAAUGAAUGUUUGAGCGGAGGAACUGCCCCGACUGACGAGUGUAUUGCUGGGACAGAGGCGUGUUUAGAAAAUUGUCAAUGCUUAGUGAAAGGGGGUUUUGAGCCAACAAGUGAGAGAUUGUGUAAGGCAAAGGUAUGUGGAAAUGGAGUGAUUGAUGACUUGUAUGAUUCCGAUGAUAAGUUUAUUAGGACAGAAGAAUGCGAUAACGGAACAAACUGUAACCAAUAUUGUAGAUGUUAUGAAGGUUAUAUUACCAACCCAAAUGAUAGAACUUCAUGUAUUGAAGUAACUAUAUCAAGUGGAGCAAUAGCUUCAAUUGUUGUUUCUUCUGUUUUUGCAUUUUUUGUAUUUGUUAUUAUAUUCGGCGUUCUCUUGUUCUUCAGCCUUCGUUACAAAAAGGUUGAUAUCAAUAUAUACAAAACACAGCAACCGAUGUAUCAUUUCUACAUUUCUGGAUCUACAAGAAUACCUCCUUGUAAAAUGGCGAAAUAUAUAAUGGACCCUGUAAAUCUUGACUUUGGUAAUGGUAGUCAAGCCACAAAAAUUUUGGACACUCGGUUCGAAAAAAUUGAAGUGAAAAACUUAAGCAGAAACAAAUACAUGUUACUCGUAUUCCACACUCCAAAUUCCCCCAAAUACAUUUUCCACUUUGAGCCACAAGUUGUGAUUCUUUCUGCCCGAACAACAAAAACAGUGACUUCUUACGUGACCAUUUUCUGUUCAACAAAAGUCCGUGAUUUGAAGAUCCCAUACACGGUGUGGUUCAGUAAAUCAAAGAGAACCUUGAUUGAAAUAUCAAAUCUUCUCAAAGACAAGACUUUUGAAAAGUGGACAAACUCCGACGAAAAGAAAAUGGAAAACCUGAAAAAGAACAUCAGAAAACAAAUCCACAAUCAAAUGACUAUUAAAACAGAUGCAGAGAGUUCAACACACAUUGAUUUGGACGAAUUGAAUAUGUCAGAGUUCCCCAUAGCUGAAGGAGCAAUGGGUAAAGUGUAUAUUGGCAGCUAUAGAAGUGUUCCAGUCGCAGUCAAGCAAUUUAGGUGGGAAAAUCUAAGUGAUGAAGAUAUGAAGGAACUAAAGAAAGAAGUCACUGCUGAAUGUGAAAUUAUGAGCAAACUUCGAAAUCCGUUUAUCGCGAGUUAUAUGGGUUCGGUGACAUACAUUCCACAAGUCUCAAUGGUCAUUCAGUUCUUUGUUUUGGGUUCACUUGGAGAGUAUUUGCGUAAGGACAAGAGAGACUACAUCAAACUUCCAUACAAAUUGAAAGUGAGGAUGCUGUUUGAUACAACGCGUGGAAUGCAGUUCUUGCACGAGAACCGUAUUAUGCAUCUUGAUUUAAAGCCAGACAAUUUGCUUGUUAACUCAUUGGAUCCAAACAGUGCAUGUUCAAUCAAAAUUACAGAUUUUGGUACGUCAAGAUUCACCAAAAGGACGAUCGGUAAAGGACAAGAUAAAGGACUUGGAACCCCGAUUUAUGCUGCUCCUGAAACAUUCCACGAUGAGUACACAUUUGCAGGUGAUGUUUACUCGUAUGGUAUUACUGCAUGGGAAAUCUUUUACCAGGACGAGCCUUACAACGAGCUUCGGUCUGUCUUUGAAAUUAAAAACCAUGUUGAGUCUGGAAAAAGAUUAAAACUGGAGAAUGGUAUGCCUCCGAAAUACCAGGAAUUGGUCAAAAAAUGUUGGGAACAAGAACCAAAAAAUAGACCAACAUUCGACCAAGUUGGCAAAAUUGUUAUUUUACUCAACGACGACAUAACUAACCAUCAAGAUUUGGACGGUGAAUUCAGUCAAGAUAAAAUAGAAGAACUCAUCAAUAAUAGAGACCAAAGAAUGAGAAAACAACUUGAAGAAAUUAGCAAAGAUGCAUAA